AUGAAAAAAGGGUUUAUUGAUGGAUGUAGGCCCUUCAUAGGGGUGGAUGGUUGCCACUUAAAAGGUCCCUAUGGUGGAGUGUUAAUUUCAGCAGUUGCCUUAGAUAGAAAUAGUGAUUUGUUUCCAUUGGCAUUAGCAGUAGUGGAGGGUGAAUGUAAGGACAACUGGACGUUCUUUUUGGAGAACUUGAGAAUAGUCAUAGAAGAUGCACUUUUUUCUAGGCCACGGACCAUCAUGUCUGUUAAGCAAAAGGGCCAUGACAAGAUUGUGAGUGACAUUAUACUAGAGGCUAUUCAUAGAAGAUGUUGCAUGCACUUAUUCAUCAAUUUUAGAGCAAAAUUUCCUGGAUUGAUGUUGAGGAAGCAAUUCUGGAAGGCAGCAAGGACAUAUAAUCACAGGGAAUAUGAGCAGGCUAUGCAAGCCAUUAAGGAUAUAUCAAAUGAUGCUUUCAUAUGGUUGCAAAAAGUGCCAGUUGAAGGAAGGACUAGGCAUGCAUUUGAUGCUAGAAUAAGGAUUGAUCACAUCACAAAUAACAUGACAGAGUCCUUUAACAAUUGGUUGGGAAAUAUGAGCUAUGAUGAUGAUGAUGUUUUUUGUACAAGUACUUAUCAUAACUUUAAGGAAAGAACCAACAUAAGUGGCCGGCAUGUCACUUUUACUAAGCGGCAGGCCACUACUUUUGGGUUGCCAGCUGCUUCUUCCAUCCAGGCAGUGUCCCUUUUCCAGCAGAGCAGAGUAAAGGCUGAGGUGGAAAAACAGUGCAAUUUUCUGAUUGAGCAACAGAGGCAUUCUGGCAGCAAAACAGGGGGCUUUUUAGGGUGA